AUGGCCAGAAGUAUUUGGAAAUGUGAUGAUCUUGAGUUAAUCGAGGAAAGAGAAAAAGAUGACUGUGAAAUUUACCUUUUGAAACUGUCUGAUGUGUACAAGUGGUGGAAGCCUAGCUGGAAACUUUAUAGGGAGUUUGCAAGAGCUAUAAAGUUUGCUCCAAUAAUAUUCUGGGGUGUACUAGGUUCACCUCUACCGUUUAGGCAUCCAAUGCAUGUGGUGGUUGGUCGGCCAAUUGUAGUCGAGAAGAAUCCACAACCGACAGUGGAAGAGGUUGAUAAAGUCCAUGCCCAGUUUGUUGAAGCACUUAAAGAUUUGUUUGAAAGGCACAAAGCAAGGGUUGGUCAUGGUGAACUACAGCUGAGAAUUCUGUAA